AUGAAUACUCAACAACAACCAAAUCAAGGUCACCCAAUCCAACCAAUUCAAAUUUCCAAUAAACAUCUUUUUCAAGAACAAACUAUCAAUCAACGAGUUCAAAAUCUGUCUCAGCAAAAAUCUUUCUCAUCAACAACAGCAACUUCAGCAACUUCAACAUUAUGCCCAACACAUUCACCAAUGAAUUCAGAGAGUUAUGGACAAUAUAAUCAAGAUAGUGACAACAAUAACAAUAUGAUGACGACUCAAGCUUUACUGCAGUGGUUGCUUUAUAACCCGUUCACGUCAUUACCUGCAAUUUAUGAUAAUUUAAAUUUAAAUCUUGAUAAAUUAUUAUGUUGUUUGUUAUAUUGA